ACAUUCCACAGCAACCGAAACCAUUCAUGGCAGACGGCAGUAAACAAAAUCCGUCUAAAUCCCUCCUUAACCAACCAUACGACGAAUCGCUUGAAGUACCCGACGCCGAAGAAGUAGCCUCAAUUUACACACCGACUCCACGUGUGCCUGGAUUUGGAAGAGGAGGCGAUCAAUAUCGUGGAAAUAACUCUCCGGACUUAAGAAUGAAGGAACCCGACGUAUCUGAUGAUGAAAUCGAAAGACCAAAAGCAAAGAUUGGACAAACUACUGGCUAUAAUAAAGAAAUAGACGCAGACGACUCAGACUCAACUGGAGAGGAGACUGAUGAUGACGACGACGAUGAUGGAAGCAACGAAGCUAUUGACGGCGCUUAUGAUCCGAAAGACUAUGACCACUUAGAAGUUAGCGAGGAUAUUCGAGGACUCUUUCAAUACAUAACUCGCUAUACUCCACAAACAGUUGAACUUGAACAUCAGUUGAAACCCUUUAUACCUGAUUAUAUACCAGCUGUUGGAGAUAUCGAUGCUUUUAUAAAAGUACCACGCCCUGAUGGACAUAAUGAUAAAUUAGGUUUACAAAUUUUGGAUGAGCCUUGCGCAAAGCAGAGUGAUCCUAUUGUCUUGGAAAUGCAUAUUCGAUCGAAAUCUAAGCAGACUCAUUCAAAAUCAAUGGCUAUCAAGAGUAUACCUAGCCGUGAUAUAAAUGCUAAAUCUAUAAACAAUUGGUGUCAAAAUAUAGCUGAUAUCCAUAGAACUCGACCACCCCCAACUGUUCACUAUACUCGAAACAUGCCUAGUAUUGAUGCUUUAAUGCAGGAAUGGCCCCCAGAAUUUGAAGAACUGUUAAAAGAGAUUACUUUACCUUCGGCCGACAUGGACUGUGAUUUACCAAACUACAUAGAUAUGAUUUGUGCAAUUUUAGAUAUACCCAUGUACAAAAAUAGAGUUCAAUCUUUACAUCUACUCUUUACGCUAUAUUCGGAAUUCAAAAAUUCACAGCACUUUAGAGGUUUGGCCGCUGACAAUAAACUAGAUAACGCUUUAAAGGAUAACGAAGAAAGAUUGGUGUUGUAA